CAUGAUACCGAUACAUAAUUGAGACGGUACGACCAGAUCGCUCAUUUGGCUCUAGAGAAGAAACAGGUAGCUGAAAUUGCAUUUCUCUUCACAUGACAGGGGCUUUCAGCUGGAAGAGUAUACUUAAAUAUGUAUCCAGUUACAACCCCCUGGACUCCGGCGUUGAUUCGGCCUGCGCUGGUUUUGCCAGCAUUGGUUUCGCCCUUUCAGCUUUACUCUCCGGCUACUCGACUGCAAAAUAUGGAUAUUUAGGGUACUUGGUUUUGUUCAUCCAAAGGCAAGGAAUGCUCGGCCUCAGAACUUCAGUGAUCAUUGCGAAUUUCCAAAAAGGAUUAGGAGCACUUUUUCUCCUUAUUUUGGUAUACAUGGCAAAAUUCCGCAUGGGUCUCGCCAGAAUGACUCUCUACACCUAUGCAACUUUCAUCUCUGGUUCUCAGCUAUUGUGGGUUAGUCCAUCCAAGAGGAGCUACCGCCGGUUUUUUCUUGUUGCACAGCUAUCAAUGCUGGGAGCGGGUUACGCUGGAGAAGGUUCUACAAGUUAUGUUUUCCAGACUCAGCUUGUAAAAGCCAAGAAAAAGCCAGUGAACAUUGGUCCGUCAACAACAAUAGAUCCACAUCCGGUCAAAAUUUGCGAAGGAGGAACCAAUGGAAAAAUGACCAGACCAGGAUUUACAUGUUCCCACCGGUAUGAUUGGUUAGUUGGGUGUGUAGGACCAGUUACACCUGCAAGAGAAAGUUGUAUUUUCAAUACUCAGCUAAAAAAAGCCGAGGAAAAGCUACGGAAAGGUCCAGUGAACAAGGGCCCGCCAACAACAACGGGUGGUACAGAUCAAACUCUGACAAUAACUGGGGAAGAAGGAACUCAUCAGAAAACAAUCGGAAAAGCCCGAGAAGUAUUAUGCCCAUCUUGCUAUCAGGAGUUAAGUAUUAGGCUCAUGUUGCCGAAGACAAGCGGUCAACAGGCCACAGAGGAAGAGAUGGAUUCUGUGUCGAGACAGCUACAGCGGAAAAAUGCGAGGAAAAUGAGGAAUCGUAUAAGAAAAAAGUUAUUUGCUGCUAGACUACCGGGGACAAUCUUGGGUACAGCGCUUGCAGCAGUGUUUUCUACAGAAGUUUUCAUCAAGAUUUCAACAGCGGUGACGGAUGAAGAGAAAAUUGAUAGAAAGGACGAAGAGCAAAUUCUGGUUGCCUUUGUUUCAGUGUUAAUAGCCGUUCUAAAUCAAUUACGUUUAUGGGUAUUUGCUGUCGCAGCUACAGUGUUAAAAUUCAAAUCUACAUGGCAUGAAAACAAAUCUGGUGAAAUGGAGAAACAAGUUCAAAAGGACGAAGAGAAAAUUGAUGGAAAGGACGAAAAGCAAAAUCCGGAUUCUUUAGUUCCAGAGUUAAAGAAAGCAGUAGAAGCGGUUCUAAAACUAUUACCUUUAUGGCUAACAUUCGCAUCUACAUGUUAUCUGGUUAAUGCAACAGCCGAUUCUUUAUUCAUGGAACAAGUUGAUUAUCUAGAGAACAAUACCGAAAGCUUCAAGAUUCCUAUAUCCGUUUUCUAUUUCUUUCCGGAUAUUGUCUCCAUGGAUAACCGGGCAGGAAUAAUGGAAGGACAGGAAGAAUUUCUCCAUCCUAACUAUCUAAGAAAUGACUUAGAGGCAAAAGCAGUGUGCGGAAUCGCGGAUGGUGUAGGGAACUUCGUCAGUAUAAUACUCACAGCAGCUUCACCAAGUAGCUGGGUUGGCAAUGACGUUAGCAAAAGUCAUCUUGACUAUUACUAUCGUAUGCUGGUAAUUAUAACCCUAUCCUCCACAUUUCUGUUCACCAUUGUUGCCAUUGCCUAUGAAUUACAGCAAAAAGAGGGUACGAAAAACGGUGGAAAGAAUGGCUGAAGCUCUCCUGCCAAUGUUGUAAUUUCUGUUUUGGGUAUUUUGUGCUUGACUGUUUCUUUGGAUGGUUUCUUAGAUUCCUUUGGCAUUUGUGUAUUAAGCUGUACUUUGUUUAAUUAUUUGUGUUGAAUAAUGCUAUAACUAGAUG